AACCGCUCGGAUGUAAACAGUGGGCGAAAUGUCGUCUCUUCUGCUGGAAUUGGAGCAGGACCCGUUCGACGGCCACGAGUUCGUAGAACGGCUCGCGUGGCGCUCGACUGCCGGCCGUUACGACUCAUUCGAUGCGCAAUCGCUUCGCGAGGCCUUUGAGUCGGGAAUCGCGGACUUGAAGGCCGUCUACGACUCGCACGAGAAGAAGUGCGAACGACUCGAAAUGGUUUGUCGCGAAGAGGAGAAGCGCCAUUGGCUGGCCGUCGCGCACGCGCAGGACCUGACGCGUCGCUCCAAGACUGCCUUCGACGCCCUCGACGCGCGUCUGGCGGCCGUCUCCGCCAAAGUGGUCUAUUUGGGCGACCAGUUGGAGGGCGUCAACACUCCGCGAGCGCGGGCCGUCGAGGCGCAGAAACUCAUGACUCGUUUCGCGCGGUUUCUGCGCACAGACGACAACGCGACGGACGACGACACGGACGACGAUCUGCACGACGCGGCGGACGUGAUUCAGAAGCUGCAACUGAUUGCCGGCGAACUGCCGUCCGGUCAGCGCUUCGACGCCGCGCGCGCUCUCAUCGCCCGGAAGUACGACUCCAUUGAACGCCAACUCAUUGAGGCGUUCGUCGGCGCCCACAGAGAGGACGACAGGACACGGAUGCGCGCCAUCGCCGCCACUCUCGUCCACUUCAAGGGAUUCUCGCAAUGCGUGGACGCCUUCAUUGAGACGCAACAGACGGCGCUUUCGUCGCACUCGGGAAACGUGUUCGCAGAGAUCCCGGCCCUCUGCGCGCGCACCGAACGCGUCGUGCGCGACGUCUUCCCGGCGCCCGACCACGUGAUGGCCAAACUCGUGCUGAACGUCUUCCACGGAAAACUGCAGGACUUCGUGGCGAAGGAAUUGUCGCAAUUGGCGGACGCGCACGACGACCGCCAUCUCGCGCGCCUCCACGUCCUCUUCGCGCAGACCUCGCAAUUGGCGCAGCAGUUGGCGCGCAGUCCGACUCUCGCGCUCGACCAGCAGUUCCUGACGCGCAUUUCGCGCCACAUCUUCGCGCGAUAUCUCGACGACUACGUGAUCGCCGAAACCACGUGUUUGCGCGACAAGUGUUCGCAACUCUUGCGCCGCUAUUACGAGUCGAAGAAUCAUCAGAAGCGCCCGACGGCGUCUGCGCUCCAAAUGAGUCUUCACGAACUGAAGCGCGAUCUCCAGCAACGCAUCGGUCGUCGCGGCGAAAGCGAAACCAAUGUCCACUCGGAGUCCUUCGUGAGCGAAGAGAUCGCAAUAACGGUUCUCCAGGAGACGAAACUCGCGCUCCAACGCUGUCGCGCGCUCUGUCGCCCGCAAGACCUGUCGGCCACUGCUCUCCACGUGUUCGAUAUUCAGACGCAAUACCUGUUCGCCGAACACCUCGACUACGGCGUCGAAGUCGCCCUUCAGGCCAUUCCUGGGCCCGACUCGCGCACCGCUCCCGACGUGCACUUCCUGGAAGUCGUGCGCCAAUGCAACGCCAUCUGCCAUUUGGCGGACAAACAGUUCGUCGACGCAGUGCUGCCUCUCGUGGCAAACACUUCGAGACAUUCCGAGUGUCUCAAGAAGAAGCGCGACACCACUCAACAGCUCCAGACAAGACUCAACGCCGGACUCGAGCGCUCGCUCGCCGCCAUCGUGGGCUGGGUUCGCGCGCUGUUGGCCGCCGAACAGCGGAAGACCGACUUCAAGCCGGAAACGGAAGACGCUCUUCCACUCGCCGCCUCCACUCCCGCCUCCGCCAAAGUGAUCCGCUUUGUGGACGCUUACGUGCAACGAAUGCGCGAUUCGCUCGACGGCCACAACGUGACGUCACUUCUCCAGGAGUUCGGACUCCGACUGCACCGCGCGCUCGUCGACCACUUCCUGCAGUUCCAGUUCACGACCGUCGGCGCGAUGGUCGCCAUCUGCGACCUCAAUGAGUACCGGCGGUGUGUGGAGGCGUUCGGCGCUCCCCUUCUGUCGCAACUGUUCGCCGCUUUGCACGCGCUCUUCAACCUCCUCAUCGUUGCGCCCGAAAACCUGCGCCACGCUAUGGAAGAGGUGGCUCUCGAGCGCUCGCUUCUGCUGACAUUCAUUCAGUUGCGCGCGGACUACAAGACGGCGAAACUCGUGUCUCAACUCAAGUGAUGACGUCAUCGCCUUUUAAAUCAAUUAUUUUUACAUUUAAUGUCAAAAUUUAUUUACAUUUAAAGCUCGAAAGUAAUCGAGUUUUAAGUCAAAUAAACUAUUUAUAAAAGUA